UAUCAGUCCGUGUUCGGAGCUCGUCGAGUUUGGUUUUGUGCAGCAUUCCUCUUCUAACCAUUCCCCGCCCCCUCCUACAUAUACAUACCUCCUCCAUUCGUUCCCAUAUAUACUUUAAAUAACAUUUAUUUGACCGCCAAGGCAAUCAAUAGGAGCAACAGUAGUAGCAGCGUCAUGUCGUCUCCAACGGCAGCUUAUUUUGUGGGCGUGGAUGUGGGUACAGGUAGUGCCCGUGCAGCUUUGGUCUCGGCCGACGGUUGUGUGAUAGAACAGUCUGUGCAGGAGAUUAAAACCUGGACACCAGAACCGGAUUACUACGAACAGUCUUCGGAAAAUAUAUGGCAAGCGAUCUGUCAGGUUGUUAAGCAUGUCAUUGCCGGCGUCACAAAUAAGUCACAAGUGAAGGGCAUUGGCUUUGAUGCCACUUGCUCCCUGGUGGUUUUGGGCCAAAAGGGUCAACCGCUGACUGUUAGCAAAACCGGGGAGCCUGAACGUAAUAUAAUACUUUGGAUGGAUCAUCGUGCCGAGGAGGAAACCGCUAAGAUUAAUGCCUCUAAACAUGAACUCCUUAAAUAUGUUGGUGGUCAGGUCUCCCUCGAAAUGGAAAUACCAAAACUGCUUUGGCUAAAGCGUAAUUUAAGCCAAACUUUUAAUCAGAUCUGGCGAGUUUUUGAUCUUCCUGAUUUUCUUACGUGGCGAGCUACGGAAGUGGAUACCCGUUCCCUUUGCUCAGUUGUAUGCAAAUGGAAUUAUGAUGCUGCCAAUAACACUUGGAAUAAAGAUUUCCUUAAAGCUGCCGGUCUAGAGGAAUUGUCCAGCAAUAACUUUGAGAAAUUAGGUAGCGAUGUUCAACCUCCAGGUAGAAAAAUCGCCAAGGGUUUAUCCCAAAGAGCAGCCCAAGAACUUGGUCUGGUUGCGGGCACGGUAGUUAGCACUUCAUUAAUUGAUGCCCAUGCGGGAGCCUUGGGAAUGUUUGGUUGCCGUUCCGGUGAGUCAUCCGCCACUGAUGAUAUUCAAGGUAAAAUGGCUUUAAUAGCCGGUACUUCUACCUGUCACAUGAGCAUCACGCGACAAGCUUGUUUUGCUCAGGGUGUUUGGGGUCCUUAUCAAGAUGCCAUUAUACCUGGAUACUUUUUAAAUGAGGGUGGACAGAGCAUAGCUGGUCACUUGCUCGAUCAUGUCCUUAAAACUCAUGAAUCCUACAAAGAACUUAAAGAAAAAUUGGGUGCCGAUAAAUUUAUAUACCAGUAUCUCAAUGGCUUGCUACCCCAAUUGGCAUUAUCCCGUGGUCACAGCGAAAUAAGUUACCUCACCCAAGAUGUUCAUGUCUGGCCCGAUUUGCAUGGCAAUCGUUCGCCCAUUGCCGAUCCCACACUCCGUGGCAUUAUCACUGGUUUGGAUAUGACACGCGGCAUUGAAUCUCUAGCAAUUAAAUAUUUAGCCUUUACUCAAGCGUUGGCCUAUGGAACACGACAUAUUAUCGAAAAUCUUUACCAGUACCAGCGAGCUCCCUUUCAUACUCUUCUCUUUUGUGGUGGCUUAGCCAAAAAUCCACUCUAUGUACAAUGUCACGCGGAUAUAUGCAAUUUACCCGCCCUAAUACCCAAUGAACAGGAAAUGGUUCUAGUUGGAGCUGCUGCACUAGGAGCAGCUGCCUCUGGUCACUUUGAUAGUCUGGAGAGCGCAUCUAAAGCCAUGGGUGGUACAGGACAAUUGCUUAAACCAAAUGCCCGGACAAUAGAGUUCCAUAACUCCAAAUACAAGGUGUACCUUAAGCUAUUGGAAAAUCAGCGCGAAUAUAGAAGAAUUAUGCAGCAAAAACUUUAA